CCUCUUUUCACGGAUCUUUCCCAAAAUUCGGCACAUUGUGAAUAUCUGGUCAAUUGGUGACUUUCCAGGGUUAAAGCCACCCUAUCAGUGUGUUGACGGUAGGUUUUAAUCUCGUAUACAGUACGCUAUACCGAUCCUUAUAAGCGAUGUUGAGGAGGCUUAUGCAAAGAAGUUGGCACAGAUUGUGGAAACACCCUUUUUCUGGAUAUCAGAGUUUAAAAUUUCAUUUUAUUCUUUCAAUUUACAGUAUAGCUAUAAAUCAAGCGCCAAUGGCGACAUCAGUGCAAUGUUUGUACAAAUAGUAUGUUCAAAAUAUGGCAUAUCUUCCCGAAAUAGGACUUCAAAUUUCGAAUAUGUGGACCGCAAUACCUUUAUACCGAAAAUAUCGAUCAAUCUGUGCAAUGUAAUACUGAAAUUCACAGAAUAUUUUCCUGAAUAUCAUAUUUUAAUAACGAUUGAUCUUUGACUAAUUUGUGAAAAAGUUUAUGUACGUUUCUACAAUAAAGAGCUUCUCAGAAAAUCAGAUAGUUCCUCGAAGUUGACUAAAAACUUGUAGGUCCACCUCCACCCAACAACGUCAAGGUGCAGACUAGAAGAUCCAGAUUAAGCCGUAUUCGUUAGAAUACGACGUUACCAACGUCAAAGUGUUUUUACUAUAUAUUCCCAACCAACAUCUAGAACUAAUCUAUAUUUAACAUAACAAAAGCAGCAAAAAAGUUAACUAAUGUACAUACAUAAAUAUAUUAUAAUUAAAAAAUCACUCACAAAACCAACUCACACCGAAAAACGUCAAUAAUAAAAAUAGGUUAAAGCAAACGAAAUCAAGAACACAAGCACAAAAAGACCAAACCUUCGCCGAGUAAUUUAAUUACUAGCCAUCAAUCACAACAUCUUCUUAGUGCAUACAAACAAUGCGCCGUACGUCAAGUGUGUGCCGCGUCAGUCAGCCCACUUCCCACCCCACAUCUCAUCCCACUUCCGUGCCAGUAGGCAGCUCAUCAACUACCACAAAAAUGCCAAUAAGUACACGUGCACAAAGCGAUGACACCGAUCAUGACAGCGCUGACAUACCGCGGCGUGAGUCCCUACACAAGCCUACAUGGCAAUAUAAUAUCCCCGGGCAGUCGCAAUCCAGCACGGAUGUCACAAAUUCGCCCAGCAAAAGCAUAAAUGUCACAUCAGACUCAGACGAUGAAGAUGAUGAAUAUCUGCGACGCCCAAGUAUCGUUAAACAUCAUCACUACUACCAGGAGAGGGAAGUACAGCAGCAGUUGCAAUUACCCACGAAGCCGUUACAACAAUUGCGACGUACCAGUCUACAUAGUGGCGUUUGUUUCAAAGGCAACAAAAAUAGUGGUAACACAAAAAUUACGCGACAUCACACCAUUGCCAGUGCUGAUUUAAAACCGACUGCCGACAGUAGUUUAACGGCACGGCGCAGGAGUAGUUUGACACAAUCGACACGAUCGUUCGGAUUGAUGAUGCACAAUACUGGGGAGCUAUCAAGGACUGACAACGCUCACGAUACGACUGCUGCAUGUCCUAACUUCUCCAGAUCUAUGGAUGGUGCAACAUUUUGUAGACAAGCAGGGCGUGCUUUAAUGCGUAUGGUUUCAUUGGGUACACAGCCGAAUGUUCAUGUGGCGCCACCAACCAGCAACAUCAAGACCUAUACUGAUGGUGAGGAGGAAUACGACAUGAUGGGAAAGGUGAUUAUGUUGGGUGACUCUGGUGUUGGAAAAACGUGUCUGCUCAUACGAUUUUAUGAUGGAAAAUAUAUGCCACACUAUUAUAUAACUACAGUAGGCAUUGAUUAUAGGGUAAGAAACGGCUCUGUCAACUGUCAUCAGGGCUGAUGUCAAAUGGACAAAACUGUUGCACGCGUGUCUUUCUUAACUUUAGUAACAAAGUUGUGAUUGUGGAUGGCACACGCGUCAAAUUGCAAAUUUGGGACACAGCUGGUCAGGAGCGAUUUCGCAGC